ACAUUGAUACAGAAAGUAGAAGUUCUAAUAAAGCUUCUCUCAAGUUCCAUUCUCUCUUUUUCCUUAAAAAAAAAAAAAAAAUCCAUUCUCUUUUAGUACUCCCUUUUCCAUAAUCAAGCUAUAGGCUGAGUUUCCAAUGGCUUCCAUGAGCACUCAAAAAGCCUGUACAUCCUUGUCAUCGUCAUCUUCUUCUAAUCCUCUAUGGAAAUAUGAUGUUUUUCUUAGUUUCUAUGGUGAGGACACCCGUAAGAAUUUUACGGAUCAUCUAUAUGCUACUUUGAAACAAAAAAGCAUUAACACUUAUAGAGAUAAUGAAAAUCUUGAGCAAGGAAAACCCAUUGCUUCUGGGCUCACGAAAGCAAUAGAAGAAUCCAAGUAUGCAAUUAUCGUUCUCUCAAAAAACUAUGCUUUUUCAAAGUGGUGCUUGAAUGAACUUGUUAAAAUUCUUGAAUGCAUGAAAGACAAGGAGCUGAAAGUUCUGCCCAUUUUCUACCACGUAAAUCCCUCUGAUGUUGGGAAUCAGAGGGAGACUUUUGGGAAAGCAUUUCUCAAGCAUGAAGAAGAUCGCAAGGUUAGCAUAGAACAGAUACAAAAGUGGAGAACUGCACUAAAAGAAGUGAGCAAGAUCCGCGGAUGGCAUUUGUUGGAUAGUCACGAAUCAGAAGAUAUUCAGGAAAUCACAAAAAACAUAUUUGAUGAAUUGAAUCAUGAAAUCCCAAAUGAUCAUGAGCACCUUGUUGGUAUAAACUCACGUGUGAAGGAGAUGAUGAACUUAUUUAGUACAAUGUCAGAUGCUGUGCACUUCAUAGGGAUUUGGGGGAUGCCAGGGAUUGGUAAAACCACUCUAGCACUUGCCAUUUAUGGUAGAAUUUGUCAUCAAUUUGAAGCUAGUUGCUUUAUUCGUGAUGUUAGAGAAACAGUUGAAAAAGAAAAAGCUGGUCUAGUUAAUUUACAAAAACAACUUCUUUUUAAGACCUUGAAGGUAAAAGUAGAAAACAUAUGGGACUAUCAUGAGGGGAUCAAAGUCAUAAAGACUAGACUAUCCAAUAAGAAGGUUCUUAUUGUUAUUGAUGAUGUUGACAAAGUUGAACAACUACAAGCAUUAGCAGGGAGUUGUGAUUGGUUUGGCCUAGGGAGUAAGAUCAUUAUCACAAGUAAAGAUAAGCACUUGCUAAUAAGGCAUCACCGGGAUACUGUUGUACAUAGGGCAAAUGGAUUAGAUAAUGAUGAAGCCUUGGAGCUCUUUAGUUGGAUUGUGUUUAACCAAACCUAUCCUAAAAAAGAUUUUGAGGAUUUGUCCAAUGGUUUUGUGAAGUAUGCUAAUGGGCUUCCUAUAGCUCUUAAAGUUAUGAGUUCCUCCUUGAUUGAUAGACCAAGAGAGGUAUGGGAAGAUUACCUACAUCAAUUAGAAGAAAUCCCUGAAGGAGAAAUUCUUGAUAAACUUGAAAUAAGUUAUAGGGGAUUGAAUGAAAUAGAGCAAAAUCUAUUUUUGGAUAUUGCAUGUUUCUUCAAAGGGGAGGAUAAAAAUCGAGUGGCACACAUAGAAGGUUUUGGUUACGAGAAGAAUAUAAAAACUCUCGAGGACAAAUCUCUCAUUGCCAUUUCAGGGGGAAAAUUAUGGCUGCAUGAUUUAAUACAAGAGAUGGGUUGGAGAAUUGUUCGUCGUGAAUCACCUCAAGAGCCUGGAAGACAUAGUAGGUUGUGGUUUUGUAAGGAUGUGUUUCAUGUGCUAAAGGAAAAUACAGGAACAGAGGUUGUAGAAGGCAUAGUUCUUGAUUUCCAAGGAACAAAAGUUGUAGAAGGCAUGGUGCUAAACUCGCCUCCAUGUAAAGAAAACUUGAAUGACAAAGCCUUCUUAUAUAUGAAAAGUCUAAGGUUGCUUAAAAUUUCUAAUGUGCACCUUCCUACAGGCCUCAAUUUUCUUUCUAAUAAGUUAAGAAUGAUGGAGUGGCAUGAUUAUCCUUUGAAAUUCAUGCCAAUCAGUUUUCAACCUGACAAUCUUGUUGAACUCAUCAUGCCUCGCAGCCACAUUGAGCAAUUACCAGAGGGACUUACUAAGAACUUGGCCAAGUUAAGACUCCUGGAUCUUAGCGACUCUAAAGUCUUAGUCAAGACUCCUAACUUCAUCGGAUGCCCAAAUCUGGAGAGGCUGAUUUUUCAAGGAUGUACAAGUUUGUAUGAGCUUCACCCAUCUGUCGGAGCUCUCAAUAAGCUCACUUUGUUAAAUCUGAAAGAUUGCAGAAGUCUUACUGGCCUCCCUUGCGAAAUAAACUUGAAAUCUCUUAAAAUUUUUAUUCUAUCUGGCUGUUCAAGUCUCAAGAAGUUUUCAGAGAUUGGAACUAAUAUGACAAGCUUGUCAGAGCUGUAUUUAGACGGGAUGGCUGUGGAAGAAUUGCCAUCAUCACUCGAGCGUUUGACUGGCAUGACGGUCUUGAGUCUUCAAGGUUGCAGAAACCUUUCAAGUUUUCCAAGUGUCAAUUUGCCGUCUCUGAAAACUCUUAAUCUAUCCAAGUGUCAAUUUAAGGUUCAACUUUGGAAAACAACAAUUUUUAGUGUUUAAACACUAAAAAUCCUGUUGAUACAUGCUUUUUUCCAAGGUUUCUUCCCUAUCCGAGAGGCCAUCAACCUGUUGUUGCCUAGGUUAAGAUUUAUUGUAUCUCUAAAUCUGGCUGACCGCAAUUUAUGGGACGGAGGACUCCCUGAUGAUCUUAGUGGCUUAUCCUCGUUGCAGGAACUGGAUUUGAGCGAAAACAACUUUAAAUGCCUGCCUGAUAGUAUUUCUCAGCUUUCUAAGCUUAAUUCUCUUGCGUUGAAUGAUUGUAGCAGGCUUCAAUCAUUGCCAGACCUUCCGUUAAGUGUAGGAUAUGUAUGGGCAAGAAGAUGUCCUUUAUUGGAAAAGUAUUCAAAUCAGGAUGUUGCAUGGACUUCGGGUGAGACAGGGUUCACUGUGGUUGUUUGUAACAACAAGGAUGAUGAUCAAAUUGCACUCAUCCGCAUCCCGAUCUUACCAUACGAUGACUUCGAUCCAUCCUUAGAAAGAUUUGUUGAGGGUGAAAUUCAGCAAAAUAAGUGCUUCUGCGACUUUUCAAAUUCAACUGAAACUCCAGAGUGGUUCAGCCAUCAGAGCCCUGGGUCAUCUGUAACAAUUCCGCUACCUUCUGAUCUGCGUGAUGAUAGUAGUUGGAUAGGGAUUGCUUUGUUUACUAGUGUUGUAAUCCUUGAAAAUUUGAACAAUGUUUCUUCUGCUCA